CCUCUCCACACACGCUGACACAGGCUCACACACAAAGGACAUACACACUCUGUGACACACAAAAGCCAGUCAUGCACAAAUGAGGAGAAUUACACAGGGACCCAUAUUUACCGAGCAAGGGAGAAGCUGACAAAGCACUAUGCCUCCUGUGCCUUUAGAAGAGCGUUCAGCCCCCUUGCCCCGUCCCCGUUCUCUUCCUCUGCGACCUCCUCCUAACCCUCGCUUAGCCCCAGAAGUCAGAGGACUCCAACUUGGACACCGUGCACCCUCUCAUGCUGACCUUACACUUCCUGGACCCCUACCCCAUCUUCACUCUGCACGAUGGACUCGGGAACUCUGCUCCCGGAGAAGGUGUUCUCCUCCUUCACCUUCUCCCCGUUCCCCAUCUUGCUUUCGUUGGGCUCUUCAUCCCCUAAAAUGUGGUUGCAAAGGUUGCUGGCGUCUUCUGCGUCCAUCCAGGAAAUCUGUGGGCUCAUCUUGCAGCUGUGACCCCAUUGUGACAUUUGACCCCCAGUUUACUGGUGGUUCAAGGGUUAGCUAUGAUGAAGAUGAUGAUUACAGUGUGCGAGCCAUUUGGCCAGAUGAACUUGCCCGAAAGAUGAUGUCACAAACCAGAGGAGGGACACUUGGGGGGGCACCAAUGCUUCUAGACUGCAGGGGGCUGACAACUAUACGGGGAGAUGAAUCAGUGACUCCACCUCCUCCACCACCACCAUCAUCAUCUCCACCUUUGUCUCCAAUUAGAGGAUCAAACCGUAACUUGCAAAGUUUGUAUCUCCUUCUGGAACCAUUCAAUGACAAGGAAAACAGUUGUGAAAAGAAAGCUCUGCCUGAGCCCCCAGCUGAUGAAUGCACUUUGCCAACAGAAUUAUCACUUGCUGCACCACUGUCUCCUGACCUGGAGAAAGCAGAGCUGAGUUCCAUCUUGCCUUUCCUCUUUCUUGGCAAUGAGAAAGAUGCUCAAGAUUUAAAUCGUAUGGUUAACCUCAACAUUGGCCAUGUUUUAAAUGUCACAACCCAUCUGCCCCUAUAUCAUGUUGAGUCUGGGGCCCUCCGGUACAAGAGACUGCCAGCCACAGAUAACAGCAAGCAGGACCUUCGGCAGUACUUCGAGGAAGCGUUUGAGUUCAUAGAAGAGGCCCAGCAGGAAGGAAAAGGAGUACUGAUCCACUGCCAGGCAGGGGUCUCACGAUCUGCCACCAUUGUUAUUGCAUACCUUAUGAAGCACACCUUGAUGACAGUGGGGGACGCUUAUAAAUUUGUCAAAGGGAAGCGACCAAUCAUCUCCCCCAACUUAAACUUCAUGGGACAGCUGCUGGAGUUUGAAUCAGAUCUGAAUGCUGGAGUCACCCCAAGGAUCUUGGUCCCCAAGCUGCGGGGUCUUGAGACAGAUGUGUGAAUGGAGUCAUGAUAACAGUAAAAGAGAAUGGGGGUGAGAAAUGAAUUGAGGCACUGGAAAGACACAGGGGAAAAGGCCUCUGAGGCUGAAUAAUUUGUGGGGGAAAAAAGAAACAAGUAAGAAACAGAGAUAUUUAUUUUAUAACAGGGGCUUGUAUAACCACAGAGACUAAACCUAUACCAACCUUUUCCUAAAGCCUCUGACUCCUUGGUGAACCAGUUAUAUUAUAAAAUUCAUAUGUAGCAGAUAAGGAAUAAAUGAGUUCAUGCAUUCACAUUAUAUAUAUAUAUAUAUAUAUAUAUAUAUAUAUAUAUAUAUAUAUAUAUAUAUAUAUAUAUAUAUAUAUAUAUAAUAUACACACACAAGAAUACAACUAUGAGAUGAUUUAAAAUAAAAUGUAAUUUAUUUAAAAACUAAAGAUAAAGGCUAAAGGAGAAAGGGGAAUGAAGAAAGGUAAUUAUUAUAUUUCUCCUCAAUAUAAUAUACGUAGAUUGAUAUCUUUAUAUUUUUCCCCAUAAAAAUAUAGUAUGAGUAGGAGUACAGUAUGAGAAAACAACUUAAUGUGCACAUAACAUAUCCUCCUGUACAUAUUUGAAUGUACAUGGACUUGUGCAUGUUUUCAUAUUGUUAGCCUUAGCAAGGCGAUUCUCCAUUGGACACAACUGCAAUAAGAUCUUACUAAAUCAAUCAAGCAUACAGUAUAGAGGAUGUGUCCUGUAUAGAACAGGGCUGUCCAACUGGAGGCCCAAGGAUUUUGAUGCCCCCCAGUUUGCUUUAGGGAUCCACAUACGUAUUAAUUUGCCAUUGCCAUUUUAAUAUAUUCUGGUCCUAGUUCACAUUGUAUAAGAAUUAAUCAGCCCACUACAUUGAACAAGUUAGACAGCAAUGACUGACAUAGAAGAUAACCCAUAUAAAGUGUAUUUUUCCAUUAUGAGUUGGUAUUAAGACCAAACUAAUUUUAUAUAUAUAUAUAUAUAUAUAUAUAUCCAGGGAUGGGGUGAUGGCACUCUCAGGGAUUUACACAACGAAGUCUUUGGGCUAGGGUACACCUGCUACCCAUGGGAAAGGCUCGUACGAGGAGACAUGGUGUAGCCAGAGGUUGCCACUAGAGGUCAGAGAAACACUUAAAAGGUUGGAGCUAUAGCCAGCGAGAGAACUGUUACAUAGUUACUAGGGAAAAGAUACAUGGUAACAGAGGGAAAAAAACCAAAAAAGAAAAAAGAAACAUACAAAGUAUCCAAAUUGAUAUAUACAAUCUAUCAUUAUUUGAACAACUGUAGAAGGGAAUCUGAUCAGCAUCAAAGCUAUCAGAAGAACACUUUAUUAGAAGUGCUGUAGAGGCAAAUUUAAGUAAAACAUCCAAGUGGUAAAGUCUCAUUAAGUCCCCUUGGGGCCACGCAGUCCAAUCUAUGGAUCCAACGGGAUUCCCUCCUCAGCAGGGCCAGGUCUCUGUUACCACCCCUAGAUAGGGGGGGUUGGUAGUCUAUUGCCAUACACUUAAAGGUGGGCAGAGAGUGUCUCAUGUGUAAGAAAUGUCUGGCGACCGGUUGAUUGGAUUCGCCUUCUUUAAGAGCUUUACUAAUCGCCGAGCGAUGGUUGCCAAUGCGUUCUCUCAAGGUGGUAAUGGUCUUGCCUACAUAGUAUAAACCGCAGGGGCAGGUAAUGAUGUACACAACAAAGGUGGAGAGGCAGCCUAGUCGGUGCAAAAUUUUUAGUCUCUUACCCGUAUGUGGGUGUGGGAAAUCCGGACCAACAAGUAGGCACCUGCACGUGACACAGUCAGGGCAUUUGUAGCACCCAAGUUUUUUAUAACCAGAGAGCCAGUUUUUUGAAUUGACCUCUGGGUUUUUAAAGUCAGUUUUGACUAGUAGGUCCCGUAGGCUGUUACCCCUUUUGUAGCCCAUAAGGGGCUUCUGGGCGCCUUUUUUGGGUCUAUAUAAGUUUGUAGCACAGUGUGGUGUUGCUAUCCCUGAUGAAAGUUCCAUUUUGGAACUGAAACGUUGGAUUAAAUAAAGCCUCACAUUUUUUGCAAAAUUCAAAGACUUCGUUGUGUAAAUCCCUGAGAGUGCCGUCACCCCAUCCCUGGAUAUCUGACUCUCUGCACAGGCACCCAGGUAUUGUCUAUCUUUAUGGUGUGCAGCUUAUUGGCAAUCUGUAUAUAUAUAUAUAUAUAUAUAUAUAUAUAUAUAUAUAUAUAUAUAUAUAUAUAUAUAUAUAAAACUGCAUUCUGUAGGCAGACAUUUUAGAACCAUACACAUGGUAUGUGGGUUUUUGACCUAUAAGAACUUUUUGGCAAAUGCCUGGUUGGGAAUAUCAUUGGAAUCAGGGGUCCAACAGAAUGCAUAAUUUCCUAUGGCCUGUGGCCUACAAUAGGCAUGCUUUUUACAUAGAAGCUUUAAAAUUCAUGCAGCUAAUCACUGUGAAUGUAAUGGCAGUCAGUCUGCUCAUAGGCCUCUGCCAAGGUCUGUGUAGCAGUAAAUCUGAGUAAUGCCAAUACUGAACUAUGCAUGGCAAGAGUUAGUUUCAAACAUUAAGCACCAUUUAUGAAUAGAAGUGAAAGUUCCUGGACCUCUGGACUUUGGUGUGUUCAGUUCUGCUACAACUUUAAAUUCAAGAGAAUGAAUGGUCAUUGAGUUGAUCGACAUUCCAGUUGAAGUGUGUCUUUGUAGCUAUUUUGCCUAUGGCUGACCUUUGUGCUUUUUAGCUGUACAAAUGGACAUUGAAGUUCAACAGAUGACGACUGACCUUGUCCCCAACCUAGAAAGACAACUGCUACUGUAAACAAAUAGUGCAGGCUUUAAUGGUGCAUACAGUUGAACGCAUCAUCUACAUAUCAUUUUACAGGUAUGCAUUAAGCCACUCUGUUUUUGUGUAACAUUAUGCUGCCUGAAGUUUGCUAUAAACUGGCUGAUACCAUUGGCAGAAUAGACUGACCGCAAAACUGGGCAAAAUCCCGAAUUGUCAGAACCUCAGGAAGUGGAGCUAUGGUUGCUCUUCACUUUCUCAUUUGUCAGUGCCUCAUAAUUAGCAGAUAUGGUGUAUCAGCACCAUCCGACAUGUCCAGUACCUGAACCAGGUACCUGGGAUAUAAUGGCAUUUCAAUGUACAGAGGCCCAUCAGCACAAUAAAUAGUGACUGUCUAUGACAUUUUUAUGUAAUUUGGAUCAACUGCCAGUAUCCAUUGUUUUGCCAAUCUGGGCCUGCCCUGAAACAACCCAUAUCCAUGAUAUAAAGCUAAAGCAUACUCCUACUAAGAAUUGCACAAAUGUUUUAUUGAUAUCAUAUUGAGCCAUUUCAAUGUUGUUGUCCACUUUUGAGUUAACUUUACGUAUAAUGUAGAGAGAAAUAUUCUGAGACAAUUUGUAGUUGGUCUUCAUUUUCUAUUAUUUGUAGUUUUUUAAUUUCAUUUUUUGUUCAGCAGCUCUCCAGCUUGAAGUUUCAGCAACAUUUGGUUGCUAAGAUCCAAAUUACCUUAGCAACCAAGGUAUGGUUUAAAUGGAAGAUCAAUAUAUGAAUAGGAGAGGACCUGAACAGAAAAAUAAGUAAUAUAACAAUUAAAGUGUAGCUUCAUGGAUCAAUCGUUUUUGGUGCGGGGGUCAGUGACCCCCAAUUGAAAGCUGCAAUGAGUUAGAAGAAGAAGGCAAAUAAUUCAUAAACAAAUAAUGAAGACUAAUUGAAAAGUUGCUUAGAAUUGGCCUUUCUAUAACAUGCUAAAAGUUAACUUAAAGGAGAACCACCCCUUUAAAGGUGAUGAUGAGGUGGUCAUCAAACCCCAAGGUCUAUGAUCAGGCCAGAUAUCCAUGCUGAGAGAGGUGGAUAUUUUGAUGGGGGUAUUGUUUCACUGAGCCCAUUUGAGGAAACAUUUGACUCUGCUGCUUCGUUGUUUCACUCUGAAUCUCAGAAUUGUCUUCAUGUUUAAGGGAAUGAAUCAAGAAGAGAACCGUCAUUUCUGUUUAUUUUUAUUCAUGUUUUUGUAAAACAAAAAGAAGUUGAAAUAUGAAAGCUCAAAUACGCCAGGGUUUUUUUUAAAGGGGAAAAUGAACAAUAUUUUUUAAAAAGUAUUUUGCAACAAACUGAUCAUGUGCAAUAAGAAAUGCUAAAAUUGUGACGUGUUUUAUAAUGGGGAAAUGUGCGGGAAUGGGUAUUGCCUGGUAUGUAGCACCCUCUUUCUUCAUCCCCUUUUGGGUGUAUUUCCAUGUGUUUUCUUCCUUUUACCUGUGUCUUAAAUCUCUUCCAUGAGGGAGACCGGAUUACCUCGGGCAUUAAAUCCCUAUUUACACUGUGAUAUAGGGGCUGCCUCCAUUGUAUCCCAUCUGGAGGGCAGUUACAAGUGGCCCCUUGCACCCCAAACUCUUUAUUGCUCUCAAUAUUUUCUGUGGGAACAAUUAGCUUUUAUUUAUUGUGAAACUAAGCUAUUUAUUGAAUAAAACCUUUUUAUAUGGAA